AUGGAUAUCUUUGGGAUUAUUCUCUCGACUUUUAAUGCUAUUUUUAAAUUAGCGAUUGUAGCAGUGACGGGGUUUUUAGCGACACGAACAGCCGGGUUUGAUGUAGCUUCUCGUCGUGUCUAUUCCUCUAUUGUAUUCCAAUAUUUUGUACCUGCUGUAAUCUUUGCACAGACGGCGACUUCGAUGGAUCGAGUAUCCACAUUAGUUGAUUGGUGGUAUCUUCCUUUGUGUGCUGUUGUCAUCAACGCGAUAGCCUUCCCGUCGAUCUUUAUAGUCGCCAAACUCUUUCGUUUAGAGCACAAAACGACGCGAGUUUUUGUGUAUACAAUUUCGUUUAGUAAUACGAUGUAUAUUCCUUUAGCCUUAGUCGAUUCGAUGACUUCCGAGAACAAUGAAGUAUUUGGUCCCAAUGCGAAAGAGGUCGGCGGUGGGUAUAUCUGCACCUUUUUAUUAGCAGCGACGGUGAUCUAUUGGAUCUUUGGAUAUUCGUUUAUUCAGCGAAAUCAAGUCGACCAAGACGAGGAGGAGCGCAGAGCAAGUGAAAUUGAGUUAAAAGACGAGACUCAAAACGAGCAAUUGGAUGUGAAGACUUUAGAGAAGGCACUCGAGUCGAGUCAAAAUGUGUUGGAGAAGAAAGAACUGAAAGUUUCAAGUGGAGUGAAAGAAGACACAGACUUGAGUACUCAACUUAUAGCAGAUGAAGAGUCCCCAAUGCCUAAAGUGUCUGAUGAACUCAAUUUAAAUACAACAACAGCAACUGUAGUGGACGAUCAGAAACCACUUGCGGGUGUUCAAGAAGCUUCUGAGUCACAACGCGAUCGUUGUGGAUUUUUGAGUCCAAUCAAAGUGGUCUUUUCUAAGGUGUUUGGGGCAGUUUCAUAUGUGUGGCAACACCUCCCCGUCUCCGUGAAACGGGCAUUAAAAAAUCUGUGUACUCCACCGACUAUAGCAACGCUCUUGGGAGUCAUUUUGAUCUUGGCUUACCCCGUGCGCGAUAUGUUAUUUAAUCAAGGCAAGAUGGCGAUUAUAGGAAGAACGGCAAAGUACUUAGGAAGUGCAGCAGUGAUCAGUGCGUUGUUUAUACUAGGAGGGAACUUGUCGACGGGGCCGAAAGGCGGGACUAUUAAGUGGUAUGUUAUAGCUGUUGGCCUCUUUGUGCGGAUGGUGAUAUGCCCUGCUAUAUGUAUUGGGAUCAACUUUGCGUUGUGGUAUUAUGGAAUAGUUCCCAGUGACCCGAUGUUCUUCUUUGUCUUAUGUGUUGAGUCCUCCACCCCGCCGGCAUUGAAUAGUGCGAUUGUGAUGAAUAUAGUGUACCCAAAAGGGAACGAAGAAUGUGCCAGUUUGCUCUUCUGGGCGUAUUUGUGUAGUAUUGUGACGUUGUCUGGGUGGUUAGUGGUUACACUCAUGUUGAUUGAAAUGAAAUAA